AUGUUUGUGUCCAUGGAGGUUGAUUCAUUUACUCCUCUUUUGAAUGAUAAGAUUGAAAAUUUUUACAAUAUAAAGCUAGAUUUUGAUAAUAAUGAAAAAGAUAGACUGUACUUAAGGACCAGGAAAAGAGGCAUCUACCCUCUAGUGGAAGUCGGCCCCGGUUCUUUCAAGGUCGAGUAUGAGAAGAAAACUCCGGAUUUUUUAGUACACAAAUUUCAAAAGUUAUUGGAGCUUAAGAAAAAAUACGAUGCGGAA